UUAAUCGGACGAACAGAAAACUGUUCAGCGAAAAAGCAGGAACGCCUUUCCCGCCUCUCUCUCUCCCCGCUCCCUCCUCGUCCCAAAUUCCAAAUUCCAAUCUCCCCCUCCCCCCCUCCUCGCCGGGGCUACAAAUACCCCCCAUCACCAUCAAACAAGCAGAAGAAUCCCAUCUCCAUCUCCCCCACUCGAGCAGAGCAAGAGCAAGAGCAAGAGCAAAGCAAAUUAGAGCAGAGCAGAGCAGAGAGAGGAUGGCUCGGACGAAGCAGACGGCGCGGAAGUCGACGGGGGGGAAGGCGCCGAGGAAGCAGCUGGCGACGAAGGCGGCGCGGAAGUCAGCGCCGGCGACGGGUGGGGUGAAGAAGCCGCACCGGUUCCGGCCGGGGACGGUGGCGCUGCGGGAGAUCCGCAAGUACCAGAAGAGCACGGAGCUGCUGAUCCGGAAGCUGCCCUUCCAGCGCCUCGUGAGGGAGAUCGCGCAGGACUUCAAGACGGACCUGCGCUUCCAGAGCUCCGCCGUCGCCGCGCUGCAGGAGGCCGCCGAGGCCUACCUGGUCGGGCUCUUCGAGGACACCAACCUCUGCGCCAUCCACGCCAAGCGCGUCACCAUCAUGCCCAAGGACAUCCAGCUCGCCCGCCGCAUCCGCGGAGAGCGCGCCUAGAAAUCUGAUAUUAUAUUACAUCAAUCAAUCACGCCCUUUCCUUUCCUUUCCCUUCCUCCUCUUAAGCAUAGGAUGUUUUGUAUGUACGUUUGUGUCUGUGUUCUCCUCUGCUCUUGAGUUUGUUCUA